UCAAUAUUUUCUCUCUCAUCACACUCCCACUCUCAACUAAAACAACUCCCUUCCCCUUUCGCCAUCACUGUCGCCAUCAUCACACCCUUCCCCACCACCACCAUUACCCUAGAAUUACAUCACUACAUCUUCAAUUCAAUCAAUCUUCUCUGAGAAGGAAAGGCGCGACGCUGACUUCCCGAAGCUGAUAAACUUUUUUAAUUUCCAUCGUUAGUUUCUCCGCCGGGGAAAAAAUAUUGAGGCGUGUAUCGGAGUUGGUAAUUUUGCUCGGAGAUUCACUUUUUUUUCUGGCCAAUUCCGUUCUCUCUGCUCUCAGCAUUCAAUGUUUCGUGCGUGUGUAUGGUUACAUGUGGCGGUAAUACUUGAGAUGCAGUAACUGCUGGAAAUGUUUCACAUGAACUGAUGAGCCAGUGCACAAGAUUACUUGAAGUGGGGGAUUGUGGAUAUAGCAAGUUUUAUGAUUCAGCUUUGACUUGACUGAUUCAAAGUAGCAGUGAUAACGAUUGAUCCUUGUAGAAAUCUUGGCUCAUUAAUGUGUUAAUUGAUAUUGGCACAUUUUUUCAUUGGAUGGUCAUGCUUCUACUGAAAUGUUGGUAUUAUAUCUGCUGGUGUGUAUUUUGUGGAUACUUUUGGGUACAUGUUCUUUCUCACAGCUUGGCGUGUGCUGAAGAACAAGCCCUCAAGCUGGACAGAGUGUCAGAUCAUGGUCUCUCAAUUUUAAGUGGUGCAAACCGAACCCAUUAUAUUACCAGAUUACAAAAAUCAGGAUCUUCAAUUGAAGAAGAUGAUUUUGUUUCUUGUGAGGACUUGAAGGGUGUUGGGUCAUUUGAUAUUAAUAAUACAUGUGUUCUCAAUUCAAGCCUGAAUAGGAGUUCAGACAUAUAUGUAGUUGGUGAUGGAAACCUAGAGAUACUUCCUCAUGUAGAAAUUGUUUGUCCAGUUGAAGGUUGUACGAUAAGUUUCAAUUUAUCUGGCACUGUAAAAGUUGGUCACAAUGCAUCUGUAGUUGCUGGUACUGUGAUUUUUUCUGCUGCCAAUCUGACCGUGGAGCCUAAUUCUUCUCUAAACACAUCAUCAUUGGGUGGGUCACCACCUCCUCAAACGAGUGGAACACCUGUCGGCUAUGAUGGUGCUGGCGGAGGGCAUGGUGGACGUGGUGCAUCUUGUUUAAAAACCAACUUCUCGAACUUCUGGGGUGGUGAUGUUUAUGCAUGGACUACCUUGUCUCAGCCAUGGGCUUAUGGUAGCAAGGGUGGUGGUACAUCUGAAAACCACAAGUUUGGGGGGAGUGGUGGUGGACGUGUAUGGCUUGAAAUAACUGAUACUCUCUACAUGAAUGGAUCAGUAACUGCUGAAGGUGGGGAAGGAGGACCACUUGGUGGUGGAGGAUCUGGUGGGAGUAUCAUAAUACGAGCUAUGAAGCUGAGGGGCUUUGGUGUCAUCAGCGCAGCUGGUGGGAAGGGAUGGGGUGGAGGUGGAGGUGGACGGAUAUCUCUUAACUGCUACAGCAAGCAAGAAGAUGUCAAAAUUACAGUGCAUGGUGGAUUUAGUGUUGGUUGUGAUGGGAAUUGUGGUGCAGCUGGCACUUACUUCGAUGCAUCUGUAUUGAGUUUACGAGUUGGCAAUGACAACUUGACAACAGAAACUGAAACUCCCUUGUUGGAUUUUUCUACAAGCCCACUGUGGACAAAUGUUUAUGUUGAGAACAAUGCAAAAGUUUUAGUGCCUCUCCUCUGGACAAGAGUUCAGGUGAGAGGGCAGAUAAGCUUGUAUAGUAAAAGCAGCAUUAUUUUUGGGUUGUCUGACUAUCCUGUCUCGGAGUUUGAACUUGUUGCAGAAGAACUUCUAAUUAGUGAUUCCAUUAUAAAGGUUUAUGGAGCUCUUAGAGUAUCAGUCAAAAUGUUACUCAUGUUGAACUCACAAAUCCAAGUUGAUGGUGGAGGAAAUGCUGAUGUUGCUACAUCCAUCCUCGAGGUCAGAAAUCUUGUUGUUCUUAAGGACUACUCUGUGAUAUGUUCGAAUGCAAACUUGGCUCUAUAUGGACAAGGACUUUUAAAACUGACAGGUGAAGGUGAUGCAAUAAAAGGCCAGAGACUAUCAUUGUCGCUAUUCUAUAAUAUUACUGUUGGACCAGGUUCUUUACUUCAAGCUCCCUUGGAUAAUGAUGAUAGUACACGCUUGGUGACAAAAUCUCUCUGUGAGAGUCCAACAUGUCCUAUGGAUCUGAUAACUCCACCAGAUGAUUGUCAUGUUAAUUACACAGUGUCCUUCUCCUUGCAAGUUUGUCGAGUGGAGGAUAUUCUGGUGAGUGGGGUUGUUAAGGGAAGUAUUGUUCACAUUCACAGGGCAAGAACUGUUAUUGUGGACAGUGUUGGCAUGAUAACUGCAUCAGAGUUAGGUUGUAAGACUGGUAUUGGUAAGGGAAAUUACUCGAAUGGUGCUGGUGGUGGUGCUGGACAUGGUGGGAGAGGGGGAUCUGGAUUUUUCAAUGGAAUCCACAGUGAAGGCGGUCAGAGAUAUGGCAGUGCUGAUCUUCCUUGUGAAUUAGGUAGCGGAACCGAGGGUCGUAAUCAAUCUGAUGGAUAUGUGGCUGGUGGUGGAUUAAUAGUUAUUGGGUCCACUCAGUGGCCGCUUCUCAGGCUGGAUAAUUAUGGGUUUAUCAGUGCUGAUGGGCAAAGUUGUCAUAAGUCAACCCAUAAUAGUAAUGGCACUCUAAUAGGUGGACUUGGUGGAGGUUCUGGUGGAACCAUCCUUCUUUUCCUUCAAGCAAUUUCACUUGUAGAAAACUCUUCUUUAUCAGCUGUCGGAGGCUAUGGUGGUGCUUUAGGGGGUGGGGGUGGUGGUGGUGGAAGAAUCCAUUUUCACUGGUCUAAGAUAGCAGCUGGAGAGGAAUAUGUACCGCUUGCAUUGGUCAAUGGUGCAAUCAACUACAGUGGAGGUGCUGGAAGUGGAGCUGGUCGUUAUGGGGAGAAGGGCACAAUUACUGGAAAGAAGUGCCCUAAAGGCUUGUAUGGUACAUUCUGUACAGAAUGCCCUGUUGGAACAUACAAAGAUCUUGAAGGAUCAGAUCCCAGUCUUUGCAAGACUUGUUCUCUUGAACAACUUCCUACUCGUGCUAUGUUUGUAUAUGUAAGAGGGGGGGUAACCCAGUCAAGUUGUCCUUAUAAAUGCAUAUCUGACAAAUAUAGGACACUGAAGUGCUACACACCUUUUGAGGAGCUUAUAUAUACAUUUGGGGGACCAUGGCCCUUUGCUUUUCUAUUGUUCUGUGUUGUCAUGGUCCUAUCUCUAGCAUUGAAUUCUCUCAGAAUCAAACUUAUUGGAUCAGGAUGCUCUUAUGAUGGGGCAAACUUGAUUGUGCAUAAUGAUGAUCAACGUUCUCCUUAUCUUCUUUCAUUAUCUGAGGUUCGUGGUGCCAAGGCAGAAGAAACUCAGGGUCACGUACAUAGAAUGUAUUUUAUGGGGCCCAAUACAUUUAGAGAACCCUGGCAUCUUCCUUACUCACCUCCCACUGCAAUAUUUGAGAUUGUGUAUGAAGAUGCCUUUAACAGAUUCAUUGACAAGAUAAACUCUGUUGCUGCAUAUGAAUGGUGGGAAGGGUCAGUUCAUAGCAUACUUUCAGUCCUUGCAUAUCCUUGUGCCUGGUCCUGGAAACAAUGGCGUAGAAGAAAAAAGAUUCAUCAGCUUCAGGAGUUUGUUAAGUCAAAAUAUGACCACUCUUGUCUACGCUCUUGCAGAUCUCGUGCUCUAUAUAAAGGAAUGAAGGUCGGAGCAACUCCUGACUUGAUGGUUUGUUACAUUGACUUUUUCCUUGGUGGUGAUGAAAAACGAAUAGACAUGGUAUCCAGUGUGCAGAAAAGAUUUCCAAUGGGAAUUAUUUUUGGAGGGGAUGGAAGUUAUAUGUCUCCUUAUAAUCUGUACAAUGAUACAUUAUUGACAAACCUUAUUGCUCAGCAUGUACCUCCAUCUGUCUGGAAGCGCUUUGUUGAUGGCUUAAAUGCCCAAUUGAGAACUGUGAGACAUGGAUCUAUACGGACGGCUCUGGCUCCCGUUAUCAAUUGGAUGACUACUCACGCUAACCCCCAACUUGACUUUCAUGGUUCUAAAAUCGAGCUGGGGUGGUUCCAAGCUACAUCUAGUGGGUAUUAUCAAUUGGGAAUUUUAGUACUGGCUGGUGGUUGUUCUCUGCAAGAUCUUCAUCACUCCGACUAUAUGGAUAACUGUGAUGCAUCAUCGAGUUUUAGGAACUUCACUGCAGGAGCACAAAAGAGUGCCAAGCAUUCAGAAGAGAGCCAGGCCUAUACAAGUAGUUUGCUCCUCCGUAAAAAGAUUAUUAAGGGCUUCAAUGAGGGUAUUAUAAAUGAAGCUACCUUGAAAUCACUAAGCUAUAAACGGGACCUUUUCUUCCCAUUUUCUCUAUUGUUGCUCAACACCCGGCCUGUUGGCAGACAGGAUACUGUACAGCUUUUGAUUACCGUCAUGCUCUUGGCUGACCUUUUUGUCACUCUCCUAAUGCUCUUUCUGUUCUACUGGAUAGCUCUAGGGGCUUUCCUUGCUGUGCUUUUAAUCCUUCCUCUGUCAUUGCUCUCGCCCUUUCCAGCAGGCUUGAAUGCCUUAUUUACUAAUGGGCCUAGGAGAGUUUCACUUGCUCGUGUCUAUGCCUUGUGGAAUGCUAGCUCAAUCUCAAAUAUUGUUGUGGCAUUCAUCUGUGGCCUGAUUCAUUACAUCAUCACUAUAGUGAAGUCCCAGGAAGAGACAAAUGCUUGGCGUUCAAGGGAAGACGAUACGUGGUGGCUUUUGCCAAGCAUACUUAUGUUGAUUAAAGUAGUGCAAGCCCGACUCGUAGAUUGGAACAUUGCAAACCUGGAAGUUAAGGACCUGUCCCUCUUCAGUCCUGAUCCUGAUACUUUUUGGGCAUAUGAAUCAGGUUCUUGAUUCAUCCAUGCAUAACACCACAGCACCAAACUUUCACUGUACAGAUAUAUUCUUGCAUAAUAGAGAGUGAGGUCAUUUUGUUUAUAAUACUUGUUGUGUACAUAUUGACUUUUGCAGUUGAUUGUUAGGCAUGAUAGAAAGAGCUAGUGAGACGACAGUAUGCAACUCUCAUUUGAUUAAUUAAAUUUUUACACGUA